UUCCCCUCCCUACUGCUGCCUGUCAGAGCUUCUCGGGGGAUAUUACAGGGGCUUCAGCCUGGAGCUCAAAGCACAAAGUCAUCCAGUGUAAUGAACUUAUGGAAACCUUUCCCUUUUUGUGCCAUUCACUUUGUGAGAGCCAGAGACUGCCUUCUCUGACGCUUCUCUCCCCCCCCCCCCCCAUUAUUUUCCAGGCUGUGAUCUCUCCUAGCUGCACUGAGGCACUCAGCACAGAAUCCAGCUCACACAUCCUAUCUUCUCCUUUCAUUGCUGCUGGUAUUAUUUUUCUUCUGGGACAAUAAUAGCGAGCCCCCGUCUAAACCGUUUGAGUUCUCCUCGGCUCCGGGAAGGAUUUUCUUGCAGCACCAACAAACCGCAGCAAACUUGUCUCUGUCUCAAGAAACCUUCCCAAGAAGCUGCCAGAGCUGGGAAGAGACGCGAGGAUGUGUCGAUUCCCAACGGGCAAGGACUUCUGACUGCUUGGGAAACACCUGUCACUGGGAGAGAAAACCGAGAAAGGGGAGAAUAGAGAUCUCCCCAAAGCAGCAAGACUUUAGCCAGAGUUAGCGAUUUCCAAAGGGAUUCAAGCAUGAGCAAGCCGGCAGGAUCAACAAGUCGUAUAUUAGACAUCCCUUGUAAAGUGUGUGGGGACCGCAGCUCCGGCAAGCACUAUGGGGUUUACGCUUGCGAUGGAUGCUCAGGAUUUUUCAAACGGAGCAUCAGGAGGAACAGGACGUACGUCUGCAAAUCUGGAAAUCAGGGAGGUUGCCCCGUGGAUAAAACACACAGGAACCAAUGCAGGGCGUGUCGACUGAAGAAAUGCUUGGAAGUCAACAUGAACAAAGACGCUGUGCAACACGAAAGAGGUCCAAGGACAUCCACAAUAAGGAAGCAAGUCGCGCUGUAUUUCAGAGGACACAAGGAAGAAAAUGGAGCUACACCACACUUCCCCUCAGCAGCUUUACCUGCUCCUGCCUUCUUUACUGCUGUCACGCAGCUGGAACCCCACAAUCUAGAGCUGGCUGCUGUAUCUACGACCCCUGAGCGGCAGACAUUGGUGGGCCUGGCACAACCAACUCCAAAGUAUCCACAUGAAGUCAAUGGUACACCUAUGUACCUCUAUGAAGUGGCCACUGAAUCUGUUUGUGAAUCUGCCGCCAGGCUUCUCUUUAUGAGCAUCAAAUGGGCCAAGAGCGUUCCAGCCUUUUCUACUCUGUCCUUACAAGAUCAGCUGAUGCUUUUGGAAGAUGCUUGGAGAGAACUGUUUGUUCUAGGAAUAGCACAAUGGGCCAUUCCAGUUGAUGCUAACACUCUACUGGCUGUAUCUGGCAUGAAUGGUGACAAUACAGAUUCUCAGAAGCUGAAUAAAAUUAUUUCAGAAAUACAGGCUUUACAGGAGGUUGUGGCUAGAUUUAGACAACUUCGGCUAGAUGCUACUGAAUUUGCCUGUCUCAAAUGCAUUGUCACUUUUAAAGCUGUACCUACACACAGUGGUUCUGAACUGAGAAGUUUUCGAAAUGCUGCCGCCAUUGCAGCUCUUCAAGAUGAAGCUCAGCUCACUCUGAACAGUUAUAUCCACACCAGGUACCCCACACAACCUUGCCGUUUUGGAAAACUCUUAUUGCUUUUGCCAGCUUUACGUUCAAUUAGUCCAUCUACAAUAGAAGAAGUGUUUUUUAAAAAAACCAUUGGGAAUGUGCCAAUUACAAGAUUGCUUUCAGAUAUGUACAAAUCCAGUGAUAUAUAAACCACCUUAAAAAUAAACAAUCAGGACGGACAGUUUGAUAAGAACUUAUCUAUGGAGAAUAAGCCUCAACUAACAAAAUCUACAGGAAGUAUAAGCCUGGGAAUGUUUAAUUUUUAAAUUCAUUGAGAAAUUUUAAAAAAAGUCCCAUUAGAUAUGAUUUUUCUGCCUUGAACAGUGAUUUAAAGCAUGGAGAGAGUGUUUUGCUCUACAGAAAAAGUGAAUUGGAUGGAAUUUGGCUGCUUCUCUUUGUACAGGGCGGUGGCAAUUCACUUGUCAGUCAUAGUUAAGAAAGACUACGAUUCUAUCACUUAGCUGGGAAAUCUGAGCUAAAAAGAAAAUACUUUAGUUCUUUCAUUUGGAACAUUGGGUAACCAAACAUUGCAUCUCUUAUAAUGCGUCAUGAGGUGGCAUUCAGAUCUGUUGUUAAAGUAGCUUAUAUGGUGAAUAUGUUCAUAAUAUUAUAGACAACAUCUAAAACCAGGUUACCAGAACAUUGCUUCUGUUGUAAUACAUCAUAAUGUGGCCUUCAGAACUGAUUUUAAAAGUAGCUUAUGCUGGCAGUUACAUUUUGGAUUCAACAGAACAGGCCUUCCUGUAAAAUGAACUGAUAAACUUUGAUGCAAAUCAUCAGAAUUUCAGUUUGGUUAACAUCUCAAAGACAGAAGAGCUUUACACACAACAAAAAAGGAAAAAUGAAUAAUAGUCAAGUAAGAAAGACUAAAACAGCAAAACCAAAUAAAAUGGAGAUGAUUGAUUCAGUGAGCUGAUCGCUGUCCCAUUGGCAUAGUGCUGAAACCAAAGGCAAUGGUGGCCAAACUCUGUGUCAAUGAGAUGUGCAGAAAGGUGAAAUAACUUACAAAAGACAACGGAAAAAAAAACAUAAUUAUGAAGAAAUACAGAUGGUCAAUUGAUACAAUGCUAAUAGUCUCCAAGACUCUCCAAUGCCUUUUUAGAAAACUUCGGGUUCUAAUUAAAGCUUUGAUCUCUCGAUCUCUCUCACACACACACACGUUAUAAGCUGCUUAUUUGAUAUAAGACUAUACCUAUGAAAAAUGUAGAAAAAACAUUUAAAGAUAGCUGCUGUACUUUUCAAAUUUUGAUUUGUUAUUAGGAACUAGCACUGAGAAAAAUCAGCACUUGAACUAUCAUAGAAUGAGUAAAACUUUUCUUGUACAAAGUGGAUUAACUGAUUUGUGAAGUU